AUGUUAUACCCCGCACAGCUAGCAACUCGCAUUUUCGCACCCCUGAUCUUGAACAAGAGCCAGUCUCCUCAAUAUCCCAACCAAUUUCCACAACAGUGCUCCAAAUACUUCUCAUUUGAACUGAACUACGAGCAUCUAGACAGAUGGCAGAUAGUUGGGGGGGAAACCCUCGCGGCGGAGGCCGCGGGAGAGGCGGAAGAGGUGGAAGUGGCGGAAGAGGCGGACGAGGCGGUCGAGGGUUUAGCGGAUCAUUUGGAGGUUCAAGGGACUCGCAAGGUUCAGGGUAUAAGGGAGGUUGGGGAGGUUCAGGUUCGGGGGGCGGGGCUGGGCGGGGAUCGGAUGGAGGGGGGGGAAGACGAGGGGGAGGCUGGGGAGGCAGACGCGGAAGAGGCGACGAGAGGGGGGGAAGAGGCGGCGGAAAGGGGGAUUGGGGAAGACAGCAGGGCGCAGCAGGCGGAGCCAUUGGGCGCGGCGGGGGCGCCAGCCCGGGCGAUUCGAGAAAGCGCAAGUUUGAAGGCGCAGGCGGAGGUUCUGGCGAGGGCGGAAGGGGAGGCGCGGGGGGCCGGGGGUGGGGGAGAGGAGGCGGGCGCGGGAGGGACGGGGGACGAGGCGGGGGGCGGGGCGGCGGACAAGGGCGAGGGGGAGGAAGAGGGGAGAGCGCACCUAGCGGACCGAUGGAUAGGAAGCAGAGGAAGGUGCGUGCAAUGGCACUCAUGGCAUUCGUCGGCUUUAAAGCACCUCGAAUUGGCGGAGGCGCGGAAGAAGCGCCGCCGCCCGCUCUUUGAUCUCGAGAAGGAGUUGACGCUGCUGUGGGAGAAGAGUCGGCAGAGGAACAUCGACAUGGAGAAGAAGCGCAAUGCGUGGGUGCCGAGUGCGUGGGUGCCGAGUGCGUGGGUGCCGAGUGCGUGGGUGCCGAGUGCGUGGGUGCCGAGUGCGUGGGUGCCGAGUGCGUGGGUGCCGAGUGCGGGGGUGCCGAGUGCGUGGGUGCCGAGUGCGUGGGUGCCGAGUGCGUGGGUGCCGAGUGCGUGGGUGCCGAGUGCGUGGGUGCCGAGUGCGUGGGUGCCGGAGUGUCGUUGGGUGCCGAGUGCGUGGGUGCCGAGUGCGUGGGUGCCGAGUGCGUGGGUGCCGAGUGCGUGGGUGCCGAGUGCGUGGGUGCCGAGUGCGUGGGUGCCGAGUGCGUGGGUGCCGAGUGCGUGGGUGCCGAGUGCGUGGGUGCCGAGUGCGUGGGUGCCGAGUGCGUGGGUGCCGAGUGCGUGGGUGCCGAGUGCGUGGGUGCCGAGUGCGUGGGUGCCGAGUGCGUGGGUGACGAGUGCGUGGUGCCGAGUGCGGUGGUGCCGAGUGCGUGGGUGCCGAGUGCGUGGGUGCCGAGUGCGUGGGUGCCGAGUGCGUGGGUGCCGAGUGCGUGGGUGCCGAGUGCGUGGGUGCCGAGUGCGUGGGUGGCCGAGUGCGUGGGUGCCGAGUGCGUGGGGUGCCGAGUGCGUGGGUGCCGGUGCGUGGGUGGCCGAAGUGCGUGGGUGCCGAGUGCGUGGGUGCCGAGUGCGUGGGUGCCGAGCUGCCGGUGGGUUGCCGAGUGCGUGGGUGCCGAGUGCGUGGGUGCCGAGUGCGUGGGUGCCGAGUGCGUGGGUGCCGAGUGCGUGGGUGCCGAGUGGCGUGGGUGCCGAGUGCGUGGUGCCGAGUGCGUGGGUGCCGAGUGCGUGGGUGCCGAGUGCGUGGGUGCCGAGUGCGUGGGUGCCGAGUGCGUGGGUGCCGAUGCGUGGGUGCCGAGUGCGUGGGGCCGAGUGCGUGGGUGCCGAGUGCGUGGGUUGCCGAGUGCGUGGGUGCCGAGUGCGUGGGUGCCAGAGUGCGUGGGUGCCGAGUGCGUGUGACGAGUGCGUGGUGCCGAGUGCUGGUGCCGAGUGCGUGGGUGCCGAGUGCGUGGGUUCCGAGUGCGGGGUGCCGAGUGCGUGGGUGCCGAGUGCGUGGGUGCCGAGUGCGUGGGUGCCGAGUGCGUGGGUGCCGAGUGCGUUGGGUGCCGAGUGCGUGGGUGCCGAGUGCGGGGGUGCCGAGUGCCGUGGGUGCCGAGUGUUGCCGAGUGCGUGGUUGCCGAGUGCGUGGGUGCCGAGUGCGUGGGUGCCGAGUGCGUGGGUGCCGAGUGCGUGGGUGCCGAGUGCGUGGUUGCCGAGUGCGUGGGUGCCGAGUGCGUGGGUGCCGAGUGCGUGGGUGCCGAGUGCGUGGGUGCCGAGUGCGUGGGUGCCGAGUGCGUGGGUGCCGAGUGCGUGGGUGCCGAGUGCGUGGUUGCCGAGUGCGUGGGUGCCGAGUGCGUGGUUGCCGAGUGCGUGGGUGCCGAGUGCGUGGGUGCCGAGUGCGUGGGUGCCGAGUGCGUGGGUGCCGAGUGCGUGGGUGCCGAGUGCGUGGGUGCCGAGUGCGUGGGUGCCGAGUGCGUGGGUGCCGAGUGCGUGGGUGCCGAGUGCGUGGGUGCCGAGUGCGUGGGUGCCGAGUGCGUGGGUGCCGAGUGCGUGGGUGCCGAGUGCGUGGGUGCCGAGUGCGUGGUGCCGAGUGCGUGGGUGCCGAGUGCGUGGGUGCCGAGUGCGUGGGUGCCGAGUGCGUGGGUGCCGAGUGCGUGGGUGCCGAGUGCGUGGGUUGCCGAGUGCGUGGUGCCGAGUGCGUGGGGUGCCGAGUGCGUGGGUGCCGAGUGCGUGGGUGCCGAGUGCGUGGGUGCCGAGUGCGUGGGUGCCGAGUGCGUGGGUGCCGAGUGCGUGGGUGCCGAGUGCGUGGGUGCCCGAGUGCGUGGGUGCCGAGUGCGUGGGUGCCGAGUGCGUGGGUGCCGAGUGCGUGGGUGCCGAGUGCGUGGGUGCCGAGUGCGUGGGUGCCGAGUGCGUGGGUGCCGGUCGUGGGUGCAGUGCGUGGGGUGCCGAGUGCGUGGGUGCCGAGUGCGUGGGUGCCGAGUGCGUGGGUGCCGAGUGCGUGGUUGCCGAGUGCGUGGGUGCCGAGUGCGUGGGUGCCGAGUGCGUGGGUGCCGAGUGCGUGGGUGCCGAGUGCGUGGGUGCCGAGUGCGUGGGUGCCGAGUGCGUGGGUGCCGAGUGCGUGGUGCCGAGUGCGUGGGUGCCGAGUGCGUGGGUGCCGAGUGCGUGGGUGCCGAGUGCGUGGGUGCCGAGUGCGUGGGUGCCGAGUGCGUGGGUGCCGAGUCGUGGGUGCCGAGUGCGUGGUGCCGAGUUGCGUGGGUGCCGAGUGCGUGGGUGCCGAGUGCGUGGGUGCCGAGUGCGUGGGUGCCGAGUGCGUGGGUGCCGAGUGCGUGGGGGCCGAGUGCGUGGGGGCCGAGUGCGUGGGUGCCGAGUGCGGGGUGCCGAGUGCGUGGGUGCCGAGUGCGUGGGUGCCGAGUGCGUGGGUGCCGAGUGCGUGGGUGCCGAGUGCGUGGGUGCCGAGUGCGUGGGUGCCGAGUGCGUGGGUUGCCGAGUGCGUGGGUGCGCGAGUGCGUGGGUGCCGAGUGCGUGGGUUGCCGAGUGCGUGGGUGCCGAGUGCGUGGUGCCGAGUGCGUGGGUGCCGAGUGCGUGGGUGCCGAGUGCGUGGGUUGCCGAGUGCGUGGGUGCCGAGUGCGUGGGGUGCCGAGUGCGUGGGUGCCGAGUGCGUGGGUGCCGAGUGCGUGGGUGCCGAGUGCGUGGUUGCCGAGUGCGUGGGUGCCGAGUGCGUGGGUGCCGAGUGCGUGGGUGCCGAGUGCGUGGGUGCCGAGUGCGUGGGUGCCGAGUGCGUGGGUGCCGAGUGCGUGGGGUGGCCGAGUGCGUGGGUGCCGAGUGCGUGGGUGCCGAGUGCGUGGGUGCCGAGUGCGUGGGUGCCGAGUGCGUGGGUGCCGAGUGCGUGGGUGCCGAGUGCGUGGUGCCGAGUGCGUGGGUGCCGAGUGCGUGGGUGCCGAGUGCGUGGGUGCCGAGUGCGUGGGUGCCGAGUGCGUGGGUGCCGAGUGCGUGGGUGCCGAGUGCGUGGGUGCCGAGUGCGUGGGUGCCGAGUGCGUGGGUGCCGAGUGCGUGGGUGCCGAGUGCGUGGGUGCCGAGUGCGUGGGUGCCGAGUGCGUGGGUGCCGAGUGCGUGGGUGCCGAGUGCGUGGGUGCCGAGUGCGUGGGUGCCGAGUGCGUGGGUGCCGAGUGCGUGGGUGCCGAGUGCGUGGGUGGCCGAGUGCGUGGGUGCCGAGUGCGUGGGUGCCGAGUGCGUGGGUGCCGAGUGCGUGGGUGCCGAGUGCGUGGGUGCCGAGUGCGUGGGUGCCGAGUGCGUGGGUGCCGAGUGCGUGGGUGCCGAGUGCGUGGGUGCCGAGUGCGUGGGUGCCGAGUGCGUGGGUGCCGAGUGCGUGGGUUGGCCGAGUGCGUGGGUGCCGAGUGCGUGGGUGCCGAGUGCGUGGGUGCCGGAGUGCGUGGGUGCCGAGUGCGUGGGUGCCGAGUGCGUGGGUGCCGAGUGCGUGGGUGCCGAGUGCGUGGGUGCCGAGUGCGUGGGUGCCGAGUGCGUGGGUGCCGAGUGCGUGGGUGCCGAGUGCGUGGGUGCCGAGUGCGUGGGUGCCGAGUGCGUGGGUGCCGAGUGCGGUGGGUGCCCCGAGUGCGUGGGUGCCGAGUGCGUGGGGGCCGAGUGCGUGGUGCCGAGUGCGUGGGUGCCGAGUGCGUGGGUGCCGAUUGCGUGGGUGCCGAGUGCGUGGGUGCCGAGUGCGUGGGUGCCGAGUGCGUGGGUUGCCGAGUGCGUGGGUGCCGAGUGCGUGGGUGCCGAGUGCGUGGGUGCCGAGUGCGUGGGUGCCGAGUGCGUGGGUGCCGAGUGCGUGGUGCCGAGUGCGUGGGUGCCGAGUGCGUGGGUGCCGAGUGCGUGGGUGCCGAGUGCGUGGGUGCCGAGUGCGUGGGUGCCGAGUGGCGUGGGUGCCGAGUGCGUGGGUGCCGAGUGCGUGGGUGCCGAGUGCGUGGGUGCCGAGUGCGUGGGGUGCCGAGUGCGUGGGUGCCGAGUGCGUGGGUGCCGAGUGCGUGGGUGCCGAGUGCGUGGGUGGCCGAGUGCGUGGUUGCCGAGUGCGUGGGUGCCGAGUGCGUGGGUGCCGAGUGCGUGGGUGCCCGCAGUGCCGUGGGUGCCGAGUGCGUGGGUGCCGAGUGCGUGGGUGCCGAGUGCGUGGGUGCCGAGUGCGUGGGUGCCGAGUGCGUGGGGUGCCGAGUGCGUGGGUGCCGAGUGCGUGGGUGCCGAGUGCGUGGGUGCCGAGUGCGUGGGUGCCGAGUGCGUGGGUGCCGAGUGCGUGGGUGCCGAGUGCGUGGUGUGCCGAGUGCGUGGGUGCCGAGUGCGUGGGGGUGCCGAGUGCGUGGGUGCCGAGUGGCUGGGUGCCGAGUGCGUGGGUGCCGAGUGCGUGCCGAGUGCGUGGGUGCCGAGUGCGUGGGUGCCGAGUGCGUGGGUGCAGAGUGCGUGGUGCCGAGUGCGUGGGUGCCGAGUGCGUGGGUGCCGAGUGCGUGGGUGCCGAGUGCGUGGGUGCCGAGUGCGUGGGUGCCGAGUGCGUGGGUGCCGAGUGCGGGGGUUCCGAUGCGUGGUCCGAGUGGGGCGUGGGUGCCGAGUGCGUGGGUUGCCGAGUGCGUGGGUGCCGGAGUGCGUGGGGUGCCGAGUGCGUGGGUGCCGAGUGCGUGGUGCCGAGUGCGUGGGUGCCGAGUGCGUGGGUGCCGAGUGCGUGGGUGCCGAGUGCGUGGGUGCCGAGUGGCGUGGGUGCCGAGUGCGUGGGUGCCGAGUGCGUGGGUGCCGAGUGCGUGGGUGCCGAGUGCGUGGGUGCCGAGUGCGUGGGUGCCGAGUGCGUGGGUGCCGAGUGCGUGGGUGCCGAGUGCGUGGGGUGCCGAGUGCGUGGGUGCCGAGUGCGUGGGUGCCGAGUGCGUGGGUGCCGAGUGCGUGGGUGCCGAGUGCGUGGGUGCCGAGUGCGUGGGUGCGUGGGUGCCGAGUAGCGUGGGGUGCCGAGUGCGUGGGUGCCGAGUGCGUGGGGUGCCGAGUGCGUGGGGGCCGAGUGCGUGGGUGCCGAGUGCGGUGGGUGCCGAGUGCGUGGGUGCCGAGUGCGUGGGUGGCCGAGUGCGUGGGGUGCCGAGUGCGUGGUGCCGAGUGCGUGGGUGCCGAGUGCGUGGGUGCCGAGUGCGUGGGUGCCGAGUGCGUGGGUGCCGAGUGCGUGGGUGCCGAGUGCGUGGGUGCCGAGUGCGUGGGUGCCGAGUGCGUGGUGCCGAGUGCGUGGGUGCCGAGUGCGUGGGUGCCGAGUGCGUGGGUGACGAGUGCGUGGGUGCCGAGUGCUGGGUGCCGAGUGCGUGGGGUGCCGAGUGCGUGGGUGCCGAGUGCGUGGGGUGCCGAGUGCGUGGUUGCCGAGUGCGUGGGUGCCGAGUGCGUGGUUGCCGAGUGCGUGGUUGCCGAGUGCGUGGGUGCCAGUGCGUGGGGUGCCGAGUGCGUGGGUGCCGAGUGCGUGGGUGCCGAGUGCGUGGUUGCCGAGUGCGUGGUUGCCGAGUGCGUGGGUGCCGAGUGCGUGGGUGCCGAGUGCGUGGUUGCCGAGUGCGUGGGUGCCGAGUGCGUGGGUGCCGAGGUGCGUGGGGUGCCGAGUGCGGGGGGUGCCCGGUGCAGUGGGGUGCCGAGUGCGUGGGUUGCCGAGUGCGUGGGUGCCGAGUGCGUGGGUGGACGAGUGCGUGGGUGCCGAGUGGCGUGGGUGCCGAGUGCGUGGGUACGAGUGCGUGGGUGCCGAGUGCGUGGGGUGCCGAGUGCCGUGGGUGGACAGAGUGCGUUGGUGCCGAGUGCGUGGGUGCCGAGUGCGUGGGUGAGCGAGUGCGGUGGGUUGCCGAGUGCGUGGGUGCCGAGUGCGUGGGGUGCCGAGUGCGUGGGUGGCCGAGUUGCGUGGGGUGCCGAGUGCGUGGGUGCCGAGUGCGUGGGUGCCGAGUGCGUGGGUGCCAGAGUUGCGUGGGUGCCGAGUGCGUGGGUGGCCGAGUGGCGUUGGGUGCCGAGUGCGUGGGUGCCGAGUGCGUGGGUGCCGGAGUGCGUGGGUGCCGGAGUUGCGUGGGUGGCCGAGUGCGUGGGGUGCCGAGUGCGUGGGGUGCCGAGUGCGUGGGUGCCGAGUGCGUGGGUUGCCGAGUGCGUGGGUGCCGAGUGCGUGGGUGCCGAGUGCGUGGGUGCCGAGUGCGUGGGUCCGAGUGCGUGGUGCCGAGUGCGUGGGUGCCGAGUGCGUGGGUGCCGAGUGCGUGGGUGCCGAGGAAGAGUGCGUGGGUGCCGAGUGCGUGGGUGCCGAGUGCGUGGGUCCCGAGUGCGUGGGUGCCGAGUGCGUGGUUGGCCGAGUGCGUGGGUGCCGAGUGCGUGGUGGCCGAGUGCGUGGGUGCCGAGUGCGUGGGUGCCGAGUGCGUGGGUGCCGAUUGGCGUGGGUGCCGAGUGCGUGGGUGGCCGAGUGCGUGGGUGCCGAGUGCGUGGGUGCCGAGUGCGUGGGUGCCGAGUGCGUGGGUGCCGAGUGCGUGGGUGCCGAGUGGCGUGGGUGCCGAGUGCGUGGGUGCCGAGUGCGUGGGUGCCGAGUGCGUGGGUGCCGAGUGCUGGGUGCCGAGUGCGUGGGUGCCGAGUGCGUGGGGUGGCCCGAGUGCGUGGUGCCGAGUGCGUGGGUGCCGAGUGCGUGGGUGCCGAGUGCGUGGGUGCCGAGUGCGUGGGUGCCGAGUGCGUGGGUGCCGAGUGCGUGGGUGCCGAGUGCGUGGGUGCCGAGUGCGUGGUGCCGAGUGCGUGGGUGCCGAGUGCGUGGGUGCCGAGUGCGUGGGUGCCGAGUGCGUGGGUGCCGAGUGCGUGGGUGCCGAGUGCGUGGGUGCCGAGUGCGUGGGUGCCGAGUGCGUGGGUGCCGAGUGCGUGGGUGCCGAGUGCGUGGGUGCCGAGUGCGUGGGUGCCGAGUGCGUGGGGUGCCGAGUGCGUGGGUGCCGAGUGCGUGGGUGCCGAGUGCGUGGGUGCCGAGUGCGUGGGUGCCGAGUGCGUGGGUGCCGAGUGCGUGGGUGCCGAGUGCGUGGGUGCCGAGUGCGUGGUGCCGAGUGCGUGGGUGCCGAGUGCGUGGGUGCCGAGUGCGUGGGUGCCGAGUGCGUGGGUGCCGAGUGCGUGGGUGCCGAGUGCGUGGGUGCCGAGUGCGUGGGUGCCGAGUGCGUGGGUGCCGAGUGCGUGGGUGCCGAGUGCGUGGGUGCCGAGUGCGUGGGUGCCGAGUGCGUGGGUGCCGAGUGCGUGGGUGCCGAGUGCGUGGGUGCCGAGUGCGUGGGUGCCGAGUGCGUGGGUGCCGAGUGCGGUGGGUGCCGAGUGCGUGGGUGACGAGUGCGUGGGUGCGCGAGUGCGUGGGUGCCGAGUGCUGCGUGGGUGGCCGAGUGCGUGGGUGCCGAGUGCGUGGGUGCCAGUGCGUGGGUGCCGAGUGCGUGGGUGCCGAGUGCGUGGGUGCCGAGUUGCUGGUGGCCGAGUGCGUGGGUGGACCGAGUGCGUGGGUGCCGAGUGCGUGGUUGCCGAGUGCGUGGGUGCCGAGUGCGUGGGUGCCGAGUGCGUGGGUGCCGAGUGCGUGGGUGCCGAGUGCGUGGGUGCCGAGUGCGUGGGUGCCGAGUGCGUGGGUGCCGAGUGCGUGGGUGCCGAGUGCGUGGUGCCGAGUGCGUGGGUGCCCGAGUGCGUGGUGCCGGUGCGUGGGUGCCGAGUGCGUGGGUGCCGAGUGCGUGGGUGCCGAGUGCCGGGGGGUGCCGAGUGCGUGGGUGCCGAGUGCGUGGGUGCCGAGUGCGUGGGUGCCGAGUGCGUGGGUGCCGAGUGCGUGGGUGCCGAGUGCGUGGGUGCCGAGUGCGUUGGGUGCCGAGUGCGUGGGGUGCCGAGUGCGUGGGUGCCGAGUGCGUGGUGCCGAGUGCGUGGGUGCCCGAGUGCGUGGGUGCCGAGUGCGUGGGUGGCCGAGUGCCGGGGCGUGGGGCCGAGUGCGUGGGUGCCGAGUGCGUGGGUGCCGAGUGCGUGGGUGCCGAGUGCGUGGGUGCCGAGUGCGUGGGUUGCCGAGUGCGUGGGUGCCGAGUGCGUGGGUGCCGAGUGCGUGGGGCGUGCGUGGGUGCCGAGUGCGUGGUGCCGAGUUGCCGAGUGCGUGGGUGCCGAGUGCGUGGGUGCCGAGUGCGUGGGGUGCCGAGUGCGUUGGUGCCGAGUGCGUGGGUGCCGAGUGCGUGGGUGCCGAGUGCGUGGGUGCCGAGUGCGGGGGUGCCGAGUGCGUGGGUUGCCGAGUGCGUGGGUGCCGAGUGCGUGGGUGCCGAGUGCGUGGGUGCCGAGUGCGUGGGUGCCGAGUGCGUGGGUGCCGAGUGCGUGGGUGCCGAGUGCGUGGGUGCCGAGUGCGUGGGUGCCGAGUGCGUGGGUGCCGAGUGCGUGGGUGCCGAGUGCGUGGGUGCCGAGUGCGUGGGUGCCGAGUGCGUGGGUGCCGAGUGCGUGGGUGCCGAGUGCGUGGGUGCCGAGUGCGUGGGUGCCGAGUGCGUGGGUGCCGAGUGCGUGGGUGCCGAGUGCGUGGGUGCCGAGUGCGUGGGUGCCGAGUGCGUGGGUUGCCGAGUGCGUGGUGCCGAGUGCGUGGGUGGCCGAGUGCGUGGGUGCCGAGUGCGUGGGUGCCGAGUGCGUGGGUGCCGAUGCGUGGGUGCCGAGUGCGUGGGUGCCGAGUGCGUGGGUGCCGAGUGCGUGGGUGCCGAGUGCGUGGGUGCCGAGUGCGUGGGUGCCGAGUGCGUGGGUGCCGAGUGCGUGGGUGCCGAGUGCGUGGGUGCCGAGUGCGUGGUGCCGAGUGCGUGGGUGCCGAGUGCGUGGGUGCCGAGUGCGUGGGUGCCGAGUGCGUGGGUGCCGAGUGCGUGGUGCCGAGUGCGUGGGUGCCGAGUGCGUGGGUGCCGAGUGCGUGGGUGCCGAGUGCGUGGGUGCCGAGUGCGUGGGUGCCGAGUGCGUGGGUGCCGAGUGCGUGGGUGCCGAGUGCGUGGUGCCGAGUGCGUGGGUGCCGAGUGCGUGGGUGCCGAGUGCGUGGGUGGCCGAGUGCGUGGGUGCCGAGUGCGUGGGUGCCGAGUGCGUGGGUGCCGAGUGCGUGGGUGCCGAGUGCGUGGGUGCCGAGUGCGUGGGUGCCGAGUGCGUGGGUGCCGAGUGCGUGGGUGCCGAGUGCGUGGGUGCCGAGUGCGUGGGUGCCGAGUGCGUGGGUGCCGAGUGCGUGGGUGCCGAGUGCGUGGUGCCGAGUGCGUGGGUGCCGAGUGCGUGGGUGCCGAGUGCGUGGGUGCCGAGUGCGUGGGUGCCGAGUGCGUGGGUGCCGAGUGCGUGGGUGCCGAGUGCGUGGGUGCCGAGUGCGUGGGUGCCGAGUGCGUGGGUGCCGAGUGCGUGGGUGCCGAGUGCGUGGGUGCCGAGUGCGUGGGUGCCGAGUGCGUGGGUGCCGAGUGCGUGGGUGCCGAGUGCGUGGGUGCCGAGUGAGUGGGUGCCGAGUGCGUGGGUGCCGAGUGCGUGGGUGCCGAGUGCGUGGGUGCCGAGUGCGUGGGUGCCGAGUGCGUGGGUGCCGAGUGCGUGGGUGCCGAGUGCGUGGUGCCGGAGUGCGUGGGUGCCGAGUGCGUGGGUGCCGAGUGCGUGGGUUCCGAGUGCGUGGUGCCGAGUGCGUGGGUGCCGAGUGCGUGGGUGCCGGUGCGUGGGUGCCGAGUGCGUGGGUGCCGAGUGCGUGGGUGCCGAGUGCGUGGGUGCCGAGUGCGUGGGUGCCAGAGUGCGUGGAGUGCCGAGUGCGUGGGUGCCGAGUGCGUGGGUGCCGAGUGCGUGGGUGCCGAGUGCGUGGGGUGCCGAGUGCGUGGGUGCCGAGUGCGUGGGUGCCGAGUGCGUGGGUGCCGAGUGCGUGGGUGCCGAGUGCGUGGGUGCCGAGUGCGUGGGUGUGCCGAGUGCGGGGUGGCCGAGUGCGUGGGUGCCGAGUGGCGUGGUGCCGAGUGCGUGGGUGCCGAGUGCGUGGUGCCGAGUGCGUGUGUGCCGAGUGCGUGGGUGCCGAGUGCGUGGGUGCCGAGUGCGUGGGGUGCCGAGUGCGUGGGUGCCGAGUGCGUGGGUGCCGAUGUGCGUGGGUGCCGAGUGCGUGGGUGCCGAGUGCGUGGUGGCCGAGUGGCGUGGGUGCCGAGUGCGUGGUUGCGCGAGUGCGUGGGUGCCGAGUGCGUGGGUUGCCGAGUGCGUGGGUGCCGAGUGCGUGGGUGCCGAUGCGUGGGUGCCGAGUGCGUGGGUGCCGAGUGCGUGGUUGCCGAGUGCGUGGGUGCCGAGUGCGUGGGUGCCGAGUGCGUGGGUGCCGAGUGCGUGGGUGCCGAGUGCGUGGGUGCCGAGUGCGUGGUUGCCGAGUGCGUGGGUGCCGAGUGCGUGGGUGCCGAGUGCGUGGGUGCCGAGUGCGUGGGUUGCCGAGUGCGUGGUUGCCGAGUGCGUGGUUGCCGAGUGCGUGGUUGCCGAGUGGCGUGGUUGCCGAGUGCGUGGGUGCCGAGUGCGUGGGUGCCGAGUGCGUGGGUUGCCGAGUGCGUGGGUGCCGAGUGCGUGGUGCCGAGUGCGUGGGUGCCGAGUGCGUGGGUGCCGAGUGCGUGGGUGCCGAGUGCGUGGUGCCGAGUGCGUGGGUGCCGAGUGCGUGGGUGCCGAGUGCGUGGGUGCCGAGUGCGUGGGUGCCGAGUGCGUGGGUGCCGAGUGCGUGGUUGCCGAGUGCGUGGGUGCCGAGUGCGUGGUGCCGAGUGCGUGGUUGCCGAGUGCGUGGUUGCCGAGUGCGUGGGUGCCGAGUGCGUGGGUGCCGAGUGCGUGGGUGCCGAGUGCGUGGUUGCCGAGUGCGUGGGUGCCGAGUGCGUGGUUGCCGAGUGCGUGGUUGCCGAGUGCGUGGGUGCCGAGUGCGUGGGUGCCGAGUGCGUGGGUGCCGAGUGCGUGGUUGCCGAGUGCGUGGGUGCCGAGUGCGUGGUUGCCGAGUGCGUGGGUGCCGAGUGCGUGGUUGCCGAGUGCGUGGGUGCCGAGUGCGUGGUUGCCGAGUGCGUGGGUGCCGAGUGCGUGGGUGCCGAGUGCGUGGGUGCCGAGUGCGUGGGUGCCGAGUGCGUGGUUGCCGAGUGCGUGGGUGCCGAGUGCGUGGGUGCCGAGUGCGUGGGUGCCGAGUGCGUGGGUGCCGAGUGCGUGGUUGCCGAGUGCGUGGGUGCCGAGUUGCGUGGGUGCCGAGUGCGUGGGUGCCGAGUGCGUGGGUGCCGAGUGCGUGGGUGCCGAGUGCGUGGGUGCCGAGUGCGUGGUGCCGAGUGCGUGGGUGCCGAGUGCGUGGGUGCCGAGUGCGUGGGUGCCGAGUGCGUGGUUGCCGAGUGCGUGGGUGCCGAGUGCGUGGGUGCCGAGUGCGUGGGUGCCGAGUGCGUGGGUGCCAGAGUGCGUGGGUGCCGAGUGCGUGGGUGCCGAGUGCGUGGUUGCCGAGUGCGUGGGUGCCGAGUGCGUGGGUGCCGAGUGCGUGGGUGCCGAGUGCGUGGUUGCCGAGUGCGUGGGGGGGCCGUGGUGCCGAGUGCGUGGUGCCGAGUGCGUGGGUGCCGAGUGCGUGGGUUGCCGAGUGCGUGGUUGCCCGAGUGCGUGGUUGCCGAGUGCGUGGGUGCCGAGUGCGGGGGUGCCGAGUGCGUGGGUGCCGAGUGCGUGGGUGCCGAGUGCGUGGGUGCCGAGUGCGUGGGGUGCCGAGUGCGUGGGUGCCGAGUGCGUGGUUGCCGAGUGCCGUGGUGCCGAGUGCGUGGGUGCCGAGUGCGUGGGUGCCGAGUGCGUGGGUGCCGAGUGCGUGGUUGCCGAUGCGUGGGUGCCGAGUGCGUGGGUGCCGAGUGCGUGGUUGCCGAGUGCGUGGGUGCCGAGUGCGUGGGUGCCGAGUGCGUGGUUGCCGAGUGCGUGGGUGCCGAGUGCGUGGGUGCCGAGUGCGUGGGUGCCGAGUGCGUGGUUGCCGAGUGCGUGGGUGCCGAGUGCGUGGGUGCCGAGUGCGUGGGUGCCGAGUGCGUGGUUGCCGAGUGCGUGGGUGCCGAGUGCGUGGGUGCCGAGUGCGUGGGUGCCGAGUGCGGGGGUGCCGAGUGCGUGGGUGCCGAGUGCGUGGGUGCCGAGUGCGUGGGUGCCAGUGCGUGGUUGCCGAGUGCGUGGGUGCCGAGUGCGUGGGUGCCGAGUGCGUGGGUGCCGAGUGCGUGGGUGCCGAGUGCGUGGUGCGAGUGCGUGGGUGGCCGAGUGCGUGGGUGCCGAGUGCGUGGGUGCCGAGUGCGUGGGUGCGCGAGUGCGUGGGUGCCGAGUGCGUGGGUGCCGAGUGCGUGGGUGCCGAGUGCGUGGGUGCCGAGUGCGUGGGUGCCGAGUGCGUGGGUGCCGAGUGCGUGGGUGCCGAGUGCGUGGGUGCGAGUGCGUGGGUCUUGUGCCGAGUGCGUGGGUGCCGAGUGCGUGGGUGCCGAGUGCGUGGGUGCCGAGUGCGUGGGUGCCGAGUGCGUGGGUGCCGAGUGCGUGGGUGCCGAGUGCGUGGGUGCCGAGUGCGUGGGUGCCGAGUGCGUGGGUGCCGAGUGCGUGGGUGCCGAGUGCGUGGGUGCCGAGUGCGUGGGUGCCGAGUGCGUGGGUGCCGAGUGCGUGGGUGCCGAGUGCGUGGGUGCCGAGUGCGUGGGGUGCCGAGUGCGUGGGUGCCGAGUGGCGUGGGUUGCCGAGUGCGUGGGUGCCGAGUGCGUGGGUGCCGAGUGCGUGGGUGCCGAGUGCGUGGGUGCCGAGUGCGUGGGUGCCGAGUGCGUGGGUGCCGAGUGCGUGGGUGCCGAGUGCGUGGGUGCCGAGUGCGUGGGUGCCGAGUGCGUGGGUGCCGAGUGCGUGGUUGCCGAGUGCGUGGGUGCCGAGUGCGUGGUUGCCGAGUGCGUGGGUGCCGAGUGCGUGGGUGCCCGAGUGCGUGGUGCCGAGUGCGUGGGUGCCGAGUGCGUGGGUGCCGGGAGUGCGUGGGUGCCGAGUGCGUGGGUGCCGAGUGCGUGGGUGCCGAGUGCGUGGGUGCCGAGUGCGUGGUGGCCGAGUGCGUGGGUGCCGAGUGCGUGGGGCCGAGUGCGUGGGUGCCGAGUGCGUGGGUGCCGAGUGCGUGGGUGCCGAGUGCGUGGUUGCCGAGUGCGUGGGUGCCGAGUGCGUGGGUGCCGAGUGCGUGGGUGCCGAGUGCGUGGGUGCCCGAGUGCGUGGGUGCCGAGUGCGUGGUUGCCGAGUGCGUGGGUGCCGAGUGCGUGGGUGCCGAGUGCGUGGUUGCCGAGUGCGUGGGUGCCGAGUGCGUGGGUGCCGAGUGCGUGGUUGCCGAGUGCGUGGGUGCCGAGUGCGUGGUUGCCGAGUGCGUGGUUGCCGAGUCGUGGGUGCCGAGUGCGUGGGUGCCGAGUGCGUGGGUGCCGAGUGCGGGGUUGCCGAGUGCGUGGGUGCCGAGUGCGUGGUGCCGAGUGCGUGGGUGCCGAGUGCGUGGGUGCCGAGUGCGUGGGUGCCGAGUGCGUGGGUGCCGAGUGCGUGGGUGCCGAGUGCGUGGGUGCCGAGUGCGUGGUUGCCGAGUGCGUGGGUGCCGAGUGCGUGGUUGCCGAGUGCGUGGGUGCCGAGUGCGUGGGUUGCCGAGUGCGUGGUUGCCGAGUGCGUGGGUGCCGAGUGCGUGGUUGCCGGAGUGCGUGGGUGCCGAGUGCGUGGGUGCCGAGUGCGUGGGUGCCGAGUGCGUGGGUGCCGAGUGCGUGGUUGCCGAGUGCGUGGGUGCCGAGUGCGUGGUGCCGAGUGCGUGGUUGCCGAGUGGCGUGGGUGCCGAGUGCGUGGUUGCCGAGUGCGUGGGUGCCGAGUGCGUGGUUGCCGAGUGCGUGGGUUGCCGAGUGCGUGGGUUGCCGAGUGCGUGGGUGCCGAGUGCGUGGGUGCCGAGUGCGUGGGUGCCGAGUGCGUGGGUGCCGAGUGCGUGGGUGCCGAGUGCGUGGGUGCCGAGUGCGUGGGUGCCGAGUGCGUGGGUGCCGAGUGCGUGGUUGCCGAGUGCGUGGUUGCCGAGUGCGUGGGUGCCGAGUGCGUGGUUGCCGAGUGCGUGGUUGCCGAGUGCGUGGUUGCCGAGUGCGUGGUUGCCGAGUGCGUGGUUGCCGAGUGCGUGGUUGCCGAGUGCGUGGGUGCCGAGUGCGUGGGUGCCGAGUGCGUGGUUGCCGAGUGCGUGGUUGCCGAGUGCGUGGGUGCCGAGUGCGUGGGUGCCGAGUGCGUGGGUGCCGAGUGCGUGGGUGCCGAGUGCGUGGGUGCCGAGUGCGUGGGUGCCGAGUGCGUGGGUGCCGAGUGCGUGGUUGCCGAGUGCGUGGUUGCCGAGUGCGUGGGUGCCGAGUGCGUGGGUGCCGAGUGCGUGGGUGCCGAGUGCGUGGGUGCCGAGUGCGUGGGUGCCGAGUGCGUGGGUGCCGAGUGCGUGGGUGCCGAGUGCGUGGGUGCGAGUGCGUGGGUGCCGAGUGCGUGGGUGCCGAGUGCGUGGUUGCCGAGUGCGUGGGUUCCGAGUGCGUGGUUGCCGAGUGCGUGGGUGCCGAGUGCGUGGUUGCCGAGUGCGUGGGUGCCGAGUGCGUGGUUGCCGAGUGCGUGGGUGCCGAGUGCGUGGGUGCCGAGUGCGUGGGUGCCGAGUGCGUGGUUGCCGAGUGCGUGGGUGCCGAGUGCGUGGGUGCCGAGUGCGUGGGUGCCGAGUGCGUGGGUGCCGAGUGCGUGGUUGCCGAGUGCGUGGGUGCCGAGUGCGUGGGUGCCGAGUGCGUGGGUGCCGAGUGCGUGGGUGCCGAGUGCGUGGUUGCCGAGUGCGUGGUUGCCGAGUGCGUGGGGUGCCGAGUGCGUGGGUGCCGAGUGCGUGGUUGCCGAGUGCGUGGGUGCCGAGUGCGUGGUUGCCGAGUGCGUGGUUGCCGAGUGCGUGGUUGCCGAGUGCGUGUUGCCGAGUGCGUGGUUGCCGAGUGCGUGGGUGCCGAGUGCGUGGGUGCCGAGUGCGUGGGUGCCGAGUGCGUGGGUGCCGAGUGCGUGGUUGCCGAGUGCGUGGUUGCCGAGUGCGUGGUUGCCGAGUGCGUGGGUGCCGAGUGCGUGGGUGCCGAGUGCGUGGGUGCCGAGUGCGUGGUUGCCGAGUGCGUGGUUGCCGAGUGCGUGGGUGCCGAGUGCGUGGUUGCCGAGUGCGUGGGUGCCGAGUGCGUGGUUGCCGAGUGCGUGGGUGCCGAGUGCGUGGGUGCCGAGUGCGUGGUUGCCGAGUGCGUGGUUGCCGAGUGCGUGGUUGCCGAGUGCGUGGGUGCCGAGUGCGUGGUUGCCGAGUGCGUGGUUGCCGAGUGCGUGGUUGCCGAGUGCGUGGGUGCCGAGUGCGUGGGUGCCGAGUGCGUGGGUGCCGAGUGCGUGGUUGCCGAGUGCGUGGGUGCCGAGUGCGUGGGUGCCGAGUGCGUGGAGUGCGUGGGUGCCGAGUGCGUGGUUGCCGAGUGCGUGGGUGCCGAGUGCGUGGUUGCCGAGUGCGUGGGUGCCGAGUGCGUGGGUGCCGAGUGCGUGGUUGCCGAGUGCGUGGGUGCCGAGUGCGUGGUUGCCGAGUGCGUGGUUGCCGAGUGCGUGGUUGCCGAGUGCGUGGGUGCCGAGUGCGUGGGUGCCGAGUGCGUGGGUGCCGAGUGCGUGGUUGCCGAGUGCGUGGGUGCCGAGUGCGUGGUUGCCGAGUGCGUGGUUGCCGAGUGCGUGGUUGCCGAGUGCGUGGGUGCCGAGUGCGUGGUUGCCGAGUGCGUGGGUGCCGAGUGCGUGGUUGCCGAGUGCGUGGUUGCCGAGUGCGUGGGUGCCGAGUGCGUGGGUGCCGAGUGCGUGGGUGCCGAGUGCGUGGUUGCCGAGUGCGUGGGUGCCGAGUGCGUGGGUGCCGAGUGCGUGGGGUGCCGAGUGCGUGGGUGCCGAGUGCGUGGUUGCCGAGUGCGUGGUUGCCGAGUGCGUGGGUGCCGAGUGCGUGGGUACCGAGUGCGUGGUUGCCGAGUGCGUGGGUGCCGAGUGCGUGGUUGCCGAGUGCGUGGUUGCCGAGUGCGUGGUUGCCGAGUGCGUGGUUGCCGAGUGCGUGGUUGCCGAGUGCGUGGGUGCCGAGUGCGUGGGUGCCGAGUGCGUGGGUGCCGAGUGCGUGGGUGCCGAGUGCGUGGUUGCCGAGUGCGUGGUUGCCGAGUGCGUGGUUGCCGAGUGCGUGGUUGCCGAGUGCGUGGGUGCCGAGUGCGUGGGUGCCGAGUGCGUGGGUGCCGAGUGCGUGGUUGCCGAGUGCGUGGUUGCCGAGUGCGUGGUUGCCGAGUGCGUGGGUGCCGAGUGCGUGGGUGCCGAGUGCGUGGGUGCCGAGUGCGUGGGUGCCGAGUGCGUGGGUGCCGAGUGCGUGGGUGCCGAGUGCGUGGUUGCCGAGUGCGUGGUUGCCGAGUGCGUGGGUGCCGAGUGCGUGGGUGCCGAGUGCGUGGUUGCCGAGUGCGUGGUUGCCGAGUGCGUGGUUGCCGAGUGCGUGGUUGCCGAGUGCGUGGUUGCCGAGUGCGUGGGUGCCGAGUGCGUGGGUGCCGAGUGCGUGGGUGCCGAGUGCGUGGUUGCCGAGUGCGUGGGUGCCGAGUGCGUGGGUGCCGAGUGCGUGGUUGCCGAGUGCGUGGUUGCCGAGUGCGUGGUUGCCGAGUGCGUGGUUGCCGAGUGCGUGGGUGCCGAGUGCGUGGGUGCCGAGUGCGUGGGUGCCGAGUGCGUGGGUGCCGAGUGCGUGGGUGCCGAGUGCAUGGGUGCCGAGUGCGUGGUUGCCGAGUGCGUGGUUGCCGAGUGCGUGGUUGCCGAGUGCGUGGGUGCCGAGUGCGUGGGUGCCGAGUGCGUGGUUGCCGAGUGCGUGGUUGCCGAGUGCGUGGUUGCCGAGUGCGUGGUUGCCGAGUGCGUGGUUGCCGAGUGCGUGGGUGCCGAGUGCGUGGGUGCCGAGUGCGUGGGUGCCGAGUGCGUGGUUGCCGAGUGCGUGGGUGCCGAGUGCGUGGGUGCCGAGUGCGUGGGUGCCGAUGCGUGGGUGCCGAGUGCGUGGUUGCCGAGUGCGUGGUUGCCGAGUGCGUGGGUGCCGAGUGCGUGGGUGCCGAGUGCGUGGGUGCCGAGUGCGUGGGUGCCGAGUGCGUGGUUGCCGAGUGCGUGGGUGCCGAGUGCGUGGUUGCCGAGUGCGUGGUUGCCGAGUGCGUGGUUGCCGAGUGCGUGGGUGCCGAGUGCGUGGGUGCCGAGUGCGUGGUUGCCGAGUGCGUGGGUGCCGAGUGCGUGGUUGCCGAGUGCGUGGGUGCCGAGUGCGUGGGUUGCCGAGUGCGUGGGUGCCGAGUGCGUGGUUGCCGAGUGCGUGGUUGCCGAGUGCGUGGGUGCCGAGUGCGUGGGUGCCGAGUGCGUGGGUGCCGAGUGCGUGGUUGCCGAGUGCGUGGGUGCCGAGUGCGUGGGUGCCGAGUGCGUGGGUGCCGAGUGCGUGGGUGCCGAGUGCGUGGGUGCCGAGUGCGUGGGUGCCGAGUGCGUGGGUGCCGAGUGCGUGGGUGCCGAGUGCGUGGUUGCCGAGUGCGUGGGUGCCGAGUGCGUGGUUGCCGAGUGCGUGGUUGCCGAGUGCGUGGGUGCCGAGUGCGUGGUUGCCGAGUGCGUGGGUGCCGAGUGCGUGGUUGCCGAGUGCGUGGGUGCCGAGUGCGUGGGUGCCGAGUGCGUGGUUGCCGAGUGCGUGGGUGCCGAGUGCGUGGUUGCCGAGUGCGUGGGUGCCGAGUGCGUGGUUGCCGAGUGCGUGGGUGCCGAGUGCGUGGUUGCCGAGUGCGUGGUUGCCGAGUGCGUGCCGAGUGCGUGGGUGCCGAGUGCGUGGGUGCCGAGUGCGUGGGUGCCGAGUGCGUGGGUGCCGAGUGCGUGGGUGCCGAGUGCGUGGGUGCCGAGUGCGUGGGUGCCGAGUGCGUGGUUGCCGAGUGCGUGGGUGCCGAGUGCGUGGUUGCCGAGUGCGUGGGUGCCGAGUGCGUGGGUGCCGAGUGCGUGGUUGCCGAGUGCGUGGUUGCCGAGUGCGUGGUUGCCGAGUGCGUGGUUGCCGAGUGCGUGGGUGCCGAGUGCGUGGGUGCCGAGUGCGUGGUUGCCGAGUGCGUGGUUGCCGAGUGCGGUGGGUGCCGAGUGCGUGGGUGCCGAGUGCGUGGGUGCCGAGUGCGUGGGUGCCGAGUGCGUGGGUGCCGAGUGCGUGGGUGCCGAGUGCGUGGUUGCCGAGUGCGUGGGUGCCGAGUGCGUGGUUGCCGAGUGCGUGGUUGCCGAGUGCGUGGGUGCCGAGUGCGUGGGGCGUGGGUGCCGAGUGCGUGGUUGCCGAGUGCGUGGGUGCCGAGUGCGUGGUUGCCGAGUGCGUGGGUGCCGAGUGCGUGGUUGCCGAGUGCGUGGUUGCCGAGUGCGUGGUUGCCGAGUGCGUGGGGUGCCGAGUGCGUGGGUGCCGAGUGCGUGGUUGCCGAGUGCGUGGGUGCCGAGUGCGUGGUUGCCGAGUGCGUGGGUGCCGAGUGCGUGGUUGCCGAGUGCGUGGUUGCCGAGUGCGUGGGUGCCGAGUGCGUGGGUGCCGAGUGCGUGGGUGCCGAGUGCGUGGUUGCCGAGUGCGUGGGUGCCGAGUGCGUGGGUGCCGAGUGCGUGGGUGCCGAGUGCGUGGGUGCCGAGUGCGUGGUUGCCGAGUGCGUGGUUGCCGAGUGCGUGGGUGCCGAGUGCGUGGGUGCCGAGUGCGUGGUUGCCGAGUGCGUGGUGCCGAGUGCGUGGUUGCCGAGUGCGUGGUUGCCGAGUGCGUGGUUGCCGAGUGCGUGGUUGCCGAGUGCGUGGUUGCGAGUGCGUGGGUGCCGAGUGCGUGGGUGCCGAGUGCGUGGGUGCCGAGUGCGUGGGUGCCGAGUGCGUGGGUGCCGAGUGCGUGGUUGCCGAGUGCGUGGUUGCCGAGUGCGUGGUUGCCGAGUGCGUGUUGCCGAGUGCGUGGGUGCCGAGUGCGUGGGUGCCGAGUGCGUGGGUGCCGAGUGCGUGGUUGCCGAGUGCGUGGUUGCCGAGUGCGUGGGUGCCGAGUGCGUGGUUGCCGAGUGCGUGGGUGCCGAGUGCGUGGUUGCCGAGUGCGUGGGUGCCGAGUGCGUGGGUGCCGAGUGCGUGGUUGCCGAGUGCGUGGUUGCCGAGUGCGUGGUUGCCGAGUGCGUGGGUGCCGAGUGCGUGGUUGCCGAGUGCGUGGUUGCCGAGUGCGUGGGUGCCGAGUGCGUGGGUGCCGAGUGCGUGGUUGCCGAGUGCGUGGGUGCCGAGUGCGUGGGUGCCGAGUGCGUGGGUGCCGAGUGCGUGGUUGCCGAGUGCGUGGUUGCCGAGUGCGUGGGUGCCGAGUGCGUGGUUGCCGAGUGCGUGGGUGCCGAGUGCGUGGGUGCCGAGUGCGUGGGUGCCGAGUGCGUGGUUGCCGAGUGCGUGGUUGCCGAGUGCGUGGUUGCCGAGUGCGUGGGUGCCGAGUGCGUGGUUGCCGAGUGCGUGGGUGCCGAGUGCGUGGUUGCCGAGUGCGUGGGUGCCGAGUGCGUGGUUGCCGAGUGCGUGGUUGCCGAGUGCGUGGUUGCCGAGUGCGUGGGUGCCGAGUGCGUGGGUGCCGAGUGCGUGGGUGCCGAGUGCGUGGGUGCCGAGUGCGUGGUUGCCGAGUGCGUGGUUGCCGAGUGCGUGGGUGCCGAGUGCGUGGUUGCCGAGUGCGUGGUUGCCGAGUGCGUGGUUGCCGAGUGCGUGGGUGCCGAGUGCGUGGGUGCCGAGUGCGUGGUUGCCGAGUGCGUGGUUGCCGAGUGCGUGGUUGCCGAGUGCGUGGGUGCCGAGUGCGUGGUUGCCGAGUGCGUGGUUGCUGAGUGCGUGGGUGCCGAGUGCGUGGGUGCCGAGUGCGUGGGUGCCGAGUGCGUGGGUGCCGAGUGCGUGGGUGCCGAGUGCGUGGGUGCCGAGUGCGUGGGUGCCGAGUGCGUGGGUGCCGAGUGCUGCGUGGGUGCCGAGUGCGUGGGUGCCGAGUGCGUGGUUGCCGAGUGCGUGGUUGCCGAGUGCGUGGUUGCCGAGUGCGUGGUUGCCGAGUGCGUGGGUGCCGAGUGCGUGGGUGCCGAGUGCGUGGGUGCCGAGUGCGUGGGUGCCGAGUGCGUGGGUGCCGAGUGCAUGGGUGCCGAGUGCGUGGUUGCCGAGUGCGUGGUUGCCGAGUGCGUGGGUGCCGAGUGCGUGGGUGCCGAGUGCGUGGUUGCCGAGUGCGUGGUUGCCGAGUGCGUGGUUGCCGAGUGCGUGGUUGCCGAGUGCGUGGGUGCCGAGUGCGUGGGUGCCGAGUGCGUGGGUGCCGAGUGCGUGGGUGCCGAGUGCGUGGUUGCCGAGUGCGUGGGUGCCGAGUGCGUGGGUGCCGAGUGCGUGGGUGCCGAGUGCGUGGUUGCCGAGUGCGUGGGUUGCCGAGUGCGUGGUUGCCGAGUGCGUGGGUGCCGAGUGCGUGGGUGCCGAGUGCGUGGUUGCCGAGUGCGUGGGUGCCGAGUGCGUGGUUGCCGAGUGCGUGGUUGCCGAGUGCGUGGGUGCCGAGUGCGUGGGUGCCGAGUGCGUGGUUGCCGAGUGCGUGGGUGCCGAGUGCGUGGUUGCCGAGUGCGUGGUUGCCGAGUGCGUGGUUGCCGAGUGCGUGGUUGCCGAGUGCGUGGUUGCCGAGUGCGUGGGUGCCGAGUGCGUGGGUGCCGAGUGCGUGGUGCGUGGGUUGCCGAGUGCGUGGUUGCCGAGUGCGUGGGUGCCGAGUGCGUGGGUGCCGAGUGCGUGGGUGCCGAGUGCGUGGUUGCCGAGUGCGUGGGUGCCGAGUGCGUGGGUGCCGAGUGCGUGGUUGCCGAGUGCGUGGUUGCCGAGUGCGUGGUUGCCGAGUGCGUGGGUGCCGAGUGCGUGGUUGCCGAGUGCGUGGUUGCCGAGUGCGUGGUUGCGGAGUGCGUGGGUGCCGAGUGCGUGGGUGCCGAGUGCGUGGUUGCCGAGUGCGUGGGUGCCGAGUGCGUGGGUGCCGAGUGCGUGGGUGCCGAGUGCGUGGUUGCCGAGUGCGUGGGUGCCGAGUGCGUGGUUGCCGAGUGCGUGGUUGCCGAGUGCGUGGGUGCCGAGUGCGUGGGUGCCGAGUGCGUGGGUGCCGAGUGCGUGGGUGCCGAGUGCGUGGUUGCCGAGUGCGUGGGUGCCGAGUGCGUGGUUGCCGAGUGCGUGGUUGCCGAGUGCGUGGUUGCCGAGUGCGUGGGUGCCGAGUGCGUGGGUGCCGAGUGCGUGGUUGCCGAGUGCGUGGGUGCCGAGUGCGUGGUUGCCGAGUGCGUGGGUGCCGAGUGCGUGGUUGCCGAGUGCGUGGGUGCCGAUGCCGAGUGCGUGGUUGCCGAGUGCGUGGGUGCCGAGUGCGUGGUUGCCGAGUGCGUGGGUGCCGAGUGCGUGGUUGCCGAGUGCGUGGGUGCCGAGUGCGUGGGUGCCGAGUGCGUGGUUGCCGAGUGCGUGGGUGCCGAGUGCGUGGGUGCCGAGUGCGUGGGUGCCGAGUGCGUGGGUGCCGAGUGCGUGGGUGCCGAGUGCGUGGGUGCCGAGUGCGUGGGUGCCGAGUGCGUGGGUGCCGAGUGCGUGGUUGCCGAGUGCGUGGGUGCCGAGUGCGUGGGUGCCGAGUGCGUGGGUGCCGAGUGCGUGGUUGCCGAGUGCGUGGUUGCCGAGUGCGUGGUUGCCGAGUGCGUGGUUGCCGAGUGCGUGGGUGCCGAGUGCGUGGGUGCCGAGUGCGUGGUUGCCGAGUGCGUGGUUGCCGAGUGCGUGGGUGCCGAGUGCGUGGGUGCCGAGUGCGUGGGUGCCGAGUGCGUGGGUGCCGAGUGCGUGGGUGCCGAGUGCGUGGGUGCCGAGUGCGUGGUUGCCGAGUGCGUGGGUGCCGAGUGCGUGGUUGCCGAGUGCGUGGUUGCCGAGUGCGUGGGUGCCGAGUGCGUGGGUGCCGAGUGCGUGGUUGCCGAGUGCGUGGGUGCCGAGUGCGUGGUUGCCGAGUGCGUGGGUGCCGAGUGCGUGGUUGCCGAGUGCGUGGUUGCCGAGUGCGUGGUUGCCGAGUGCGUGGGUGCCGAGUGCGUGGGUGCCGAGUGCGUGGUUGCCGAGUGCGUGGGUGCCGAGUGCGUGGUUGCCGAGUGCGUGGGUGCCGAGUGCGUGGUUGCCGAGUGCGUGGGUGCCGAGUGCGUGGUUGCCGAGUGCGUGGUUGCCGAGUGCGUGGGUGCCGAGUGCGUGGGUGCCGAGUGCGUGGGUGCCGAGUGCGUGGUUGCCGAGUGCGUGGGUGCCGAGUGCGUGGGUGCCGAGUGCGUGGGUGCCGAGUGCGUGGGUGCCGAGUGCGUGGGUGCCGAGUGCGUGGUUGCCGAGUGCGUGGUUGCCGAGUGCGUGGGUGCCGAGUGCGUGGGUGCCGAGUGCGUGGUUGCCGAGUGCGUGGGUGCCGAGUGCGUGGUUGCCGAGUGCGUGGUUGCCGAGUGCGUGGUUGCCGAGUGCGUGGUUGCCGAGUGCGUGGUUGCCGAGUGCGUGGGUGCCGAGUGCGUGGGUGCCGAGUGCGUGGGUGCCGAGUGCGUGGGUGCCGAGUGCGUGGUUGCCGAGUGCGUGGUUGCCGAGUGCGUGGUUGCCGAGUGCGUGGUUGCCGAGUGCGUGGGUGCCGAGUGCGUGGGUGCCGAGUGCGUGGGUGCCGAGUGCGUGGUUGCCGAGUGCGUGGUUGCCGAGUGCGUGGGUGCCGAGUGCGUGGGUUGCCGAGUGCGUGGGUGCCGAGUGCGUGGUGCCGAGUGCGUGGGUGCCGAGUGCGUGGGUGCCGAGUGCGUGGGUUGCCGAGUGCGUGGUUGCCGAGUGCGUGGUUGCCGAGUGCGUGGGUGCCGAGUGCGUGGUUGCCGAGUGCGUGGUUGCCGAGUGCGUGGGUGCCGAGUGCGUGGGUGCCGAGUGCGUGGUUGCCGAGUGCGUGGGUGCCGAGUGCGUGGGUGCCGAGUGCGUGGGUGCCGAGUGCGUGGUUGCCGAGUGCGUGGUUGCCGAGUGCGUGGGUGCCGAGUGCGUGGUUGCCGAGUGCGUGGGUGCCGAGUGCGUGGGUGCCGAGUGCGUGGGUGCCGAGUGCGUGGUUGCCGAGUGCGUGGUUGCCGAGUGCGUGGUUGCCGAGUGCGUGGGUGCCGAGUGCGUGGUUGCCGAGUGCGUGGGUGCCGAGUGCGUGGUUGCCGAGUGCGUGGGUGCCGAGUGCGUGGUUGCCGAGUGCGUGGUUGCCGAGUGCGUGGUUGCCGAGUGCGUGGUUGCCGAGUGCGUGGGUGCCGAGUGCGUGGGUGCCGAGUGCGUGGGUGCCGAGUGCGUGGGUGCCGAGUGCGUGGUUGCCGAGUGCGUGGUUGCCGAGUGCGUGGGUGCCGAGUGCGUGGUUGCCGAGUGCGUGGUUGCCGAGUGCGUGGUUGCCGAGUGCGUGGGUGCCGAGUGCGUGGGUGCCGAGUGCGUGGUUGCCGAGUGCGUGGUUGCCGAGUGCGUGGUUGCCGAGUGCGUGGGUGCCGAGUGCGUGGUUGCCGAGUGCGUGGUUGCUGAGUGCGUGGGUGCCGAGUGCGUGGGUGCCGAGUGCGUGGGUGCCGAGUGCGUGGGUGCCGAGUGCGUGGGUGCCGAGUGCGUGGGUGCCGAGUGCGUGGGUGCCGAGUGCGUGGGUGCCGAGUGCGUGGGUGCCGAGUGCGUGGUUGCCGAGUGCGUGGGUGCCGAGUGCGUGGUUGCCGAGUGCGUGGUGCCGAGUGCGUGGGUGCCGAGUGCGUGGUUGCCUUGUGCGUGGUUGCCGAGUGCGUGGUUGCCGAGUGCGUGGGUGCCGAGUGCGUGGGUGCCGAGUGCGUGGUUGCCGAGUGCGUGGGUGCCGAGUGCGUGGUUGCCGAGUGCGUGGGUGCCGAGUGCGUGGUUGCCGAGUGCGUGGGUGCCGAGUGCGUGGUUGCCGAGUGCGUGGUUGCCGAGUGCGUGGGUGCCGAGUGCGUGGGUGCCGAGUGCGUGGGUGCCGAGUGCGUGGUUGCCGAGUGCGUGGGUGCCGAGUGCGUGGGUGCCGAGUGCGUGGGUGCCGAGUGCGUGGGUGCCGAGUGCGUGGGUGCCGAGUGCGUGGGUGCCGAGUGCGUGGUUGCCGAGUGCGUGGGUGCCGAGUGCGUGGUUGCCGAGUGCGUGGGUGCCGAGUGCGUGGUUGCCGAGUGCGUGGUUGCCGAGUGCGUGGGUGCCGAGUGCGUGGUUGCCGAGUGCGUGGGUGCCGAGUGCGUGGUUGCCGAGUGCGUGGGUGCCGAGUGCGUGGGUGCCGAGUGCGUGGUUGCCGAGUGCGUGGGUGCCGAGUGCGUGGUUGCCGAGUGCUGCGUGGGUGCCGAGUGCGUGGGUGCCGAGUGCGUGGGUGCCGAGUGCGUGGGUGCCGAGUGCGUGGGUGCCGAGUGCGUGGGUGCCGAGUGCGUGGGUGCCGAGUGCGUGGUUGCCGAGUGCGUGGGUGCCGAGUGCGUGGUUGCCGAGUGCGUGGUUGCCGAGUGCGUGGUUGCCGAGUGCGUGGGUGCCGAGUGCGUGGUUGCCGAGUGCGUGGUUGCCGAGUGCGUGGGUGCCGAGUGCGUGGGUGCCGAGUGCGUGGGUGCCGAGUGCGUGGUUGCCGAGUGCGUGGGUGCCGAGUGCGUGGGUGCCGAGUGCGUGGGUGCCGAGUGCGUGGGUGCCGAGUGCGUGGGUGCCGAGUGCGUGGUUGCCGAGUGCGUGGUUGCCGAGUGCGUGGUUGCCGAGUGCGUGGGUGCCGAGUGCGUGGUUGCCGAGUGCGUGGGUGCCGAGUGCGUGGGUGCCGAGUGCGUGGUUGCCGAGUGCGUGGUUGCCGAGUGCGUGGUUGCCGAGUGCGUGGGUGCCGAGUGCGUGGUUGCCGAGUGCGUGGUUGCCGAGUGCGUGGGUGCCGAGUGCGUGGGUGCCGAGUGCGUGGUUGCCGAGUGCGUGGGUGCCGAGUGCGUGGGUGCCGAGUGCGUGGGUGCCGAGUGCGUGGUUGCCGAGUGCGUGGUUGCCGAGUGCGUGGGUGCCGAGUGCGUGGUUGCCGAGUGCGUGGGUGCCGAGUGCGUGGGUGCCGAGUGCGUGGGUGCCGAGUGCGUGGGUGCCGAGUGCGUGGUUGCCGAGUGCGUGGUUGCCGAGUGCGUGGUUGCCGAGUGCGUGGGUGCCGAGUGCGUGGUUGCCGAGUGCGUGGGUGCCGAGUGCGUGGUUGCCGAGUGCGUGGGUGCCGAGUGCGUGGUUGCCGAGUGCGUGGUUGCCGAGUGCGUGGUUGCCGAGUGCGUGGGUGCCGAGUGCGUGGGUGCCGAGUGCGUGGGUGCCGAGUGCGUGGGUGCCGAGUGCGUGGUUGCCGAGUGCGUGGUUGCCGAGUGCGUGGGUGCCGAGUGCGUGGUUGCCGAGUGCGUGGUUGCCGAGUGCGUGGUUGCCGAGUGCGUGGGUGCCGAGUGCGUGGGUGCCGAGUGCGUGGGUGCCGAGUGCGUGGUUGCCGAGUGCGUGGUUGCCGAGUGCGUGGUUGCCGAGUGCGUGGGUGCCGAGUGCGUGGUUGCCGAGUGCGUGGUUGCUGAGUGCGUGGGUGCCGAGUGCGUGGGUGCCGAGUGCGUGGGUGCCGAGUGCGUGGGUGCCGAGUGCGUGGGUGCCGAGUGCGUGGGUGCCGAGUGCGUGGGUGCCGAGUGCGCUGGUGACAAUGAUGACGGCGAAGAUGAAGGGGAAGAUGGUGGAGAUGGCGCGCUCACACACGGUCUCACGCGUGCUGCAGAUGUGUGUCAAGCACGGCCGCAAGGAGGAGCGCGAGGCCGUCUUUUCAGAGCUGCAACCGCACUGCCGCGAGCUGGCGGUGCAUCCCUACGCUCACCACCUGGUCAACCGCAUGAUGGACCAUGCGAACAAGGAGAAGAAGCAGCAAGUGGCCAUGCAGCAAGAUGACAUCUUGCUGAGGGGCCACGUGAUCGAGAUGAUGCGGCACCCUAUUGCCAGUGCCGUGAUAGAGCACGCGUACCAGCUAUCAGCGCCCCCCCAGCGGUCAGCCCUCGCAUCCGAGUUCUUCGCUCCAGACUUCCGCCUCUUCCCCUCGCUCGCCCUCCCGGGUGCCGGGCGUCUGAGCGACCUGCUGGCCAACCUCCCCUCGGGCACCAGCCGGCAGUCCGUGCUGCAGCAUUUAGAAACCUCCCUGCAGCCGAUACUGGAAAAGGGAAUUGUGGAUCAUUCCCUGUUCCACCGCGUUCUCGCGGAUUAUCUGGGCGUUAUUUCCAAGAGGGAGGUAGCAGAGGUGCGGCAGCAGCUGAUGGGCGCGCUGCUGCUGCGCAUGGUGCACACGCGGGAUGGGGUCAGGAUCGCCAAUACCAUGGUGGCGAAUGCAACUCCCAAGGAGGUGCGGAAAGUGGUGAAGGCAUUGAAGGGGGUGGUGGCGCGGGUGGCAUGUGACGACCACGGCCACCUGCUGCUGCUGCAGCUCUUAGAAUCCGCCUCGUCAGGGCCCCUGAAUCGGUUUGUGAUCAAGGAGCUCCUAAAGGUCCUGUUGGAGUUCGUGAUCAAGGAGCUGUUGAAGGACCUGUUCGAGGUGAUGCAGGAGCACAUUCGGCAGCUAAUGCCAUCACAUUCGGCAGCUAAUGCCAUCCUUUUUUUGUCCACCUUUCCGCCCUUGCCCUCCAUUACCACACUUCAGUUUGUGAUAAAGGAGCUGUUGAAGGACCUCUUUGAGGUGAUGCAGGAGCGUAUUGGCCGCCGGUUCCUGCUGCAGCUGCUGGCCCCCUCCUCCCACCGCUACCUGCCGCCCGAUGCCGCCCAGGCCGUUGUGCUGGGCGGCAGAGUGGAGGAGGAGGUACAGGAGGAGAAGGAGGAAGAAGGGGAGCAGGGGGAGGAGGAGGGAGGUGAGGAGGGAGAGGAAGGGGAGGAAGAGAAUGGGAAGGGCCAGGAAGGGAUAGUGGUGGAAGGGGAGGAUGGAGAGGAGGAGGGAGAGGAGGGGGAUGAGGAGGAAGGUGAGGGAGUUGAGAUGGGAGAGGAAGAUGAUGAGGAGGAAGGAGAGGAGGAGGGAGAGGGUGAAGAGGGGGAGGAUGAGGGAUAUGAGGGAGAAGAAGGGGAGGAAGGAGAGGAAGGAGAGGAGGAGGGGGAGGAAGGAGAGGAAGGAGAGGAGGGAGAGGAGGAAGGAGAGAAAACGAUCAAGUCGAAGAAGAAGGGGAGGCUGGAUGGCAAGAAGAGAAAGGAGGCAGCAGCGGCUGCUGCACCAUUGGAUGAUAGUGAUGAUGACGAGGAGGAGGAGGAUGAAGGGGAGGAGGGGGGCGAGGGGGAGGGAGGGCAGGGGUCUCGAUCCCUUGUGAAGAGAAGGAAGCUUCUUGUGGAUUCAGGAUUGGCAGAGCUGCACUGUUUGGUGUUUCUCUUCGCCCUGCGCAUCCUUGCCCUGCGCAUCCUUGCCCUGCGCAUCCUUGCCCUGCGCAUCCUUGCCCUGCGCAUCCUUGCCCUGCGCAUCCUUGCCCUGCGCAUCCUUGCCCUGCGCAUCCUUGCCCUGCGCAUCCUUGCCCUGCGCAUCCUUGCCCUCUGCAUCCUUGCCCUCUGCAUCCUUGCCCUCUGCAUCCUUGCCCUCUGCAUCCUUGCCCUCUGCAUCCGUGCCCUCUUGCCCGAGGAGGGGAUUCUUCUCUGCUCGCCCUCCACCACCCCUCGCUCCUCUCCGCCCUGCACUCUGCCAUCGCCGCUGCUGCCGCUGCUCCCCGUCCCCUUACUAAUACUGCUCCCUCCUUCGUGUUUCUUCCACACAUAUCCCACCGCCUUCUCUCUCCAGCUUGCCCGAGGAGGGGAUUCUUCUCUGCUCUCCCUUCACCACCCCUCACUCCUCUCCGCUCUGCACUCUGCCAUCGCUGCUGCCCUUGCUCGCGGGGGGGAUUCUUCUCUGCUCGCCCUCCACCACCCCUCACUCCUCUCCGCCCUGCAUUCAGCCAUUGCCGCUGCUGCCUCUCCUCCCCGCCCUGUUGCUGCUGCGGGCACUGCCAACAGCGAGAAAGCGAAGAAGGGGAAAAAGGGGAAGGGGAAGAGCAAGGAGGGACAGGGCAAGGAGAAGGAGAAGGCGGAGGAGGAAGGGGAGGAGGGGGAGAAGGCAGAGGGGGAGGAAGCGGAGCAGCAGCCAAGCCAUGUGUUGGAGGACUUUUUUGGGAGUAGAGUGCUCAGGCGCCUGGUGGCGGAUGAAGAGAGACUUGCAGCUGCGGCUGCAGCAGCAGAGGCUGAGGGUGCCGCGGAAGGAGCAGCAGAAACGGCAAAGACAGAAGAAGGAGAGGAAGGGGAAGUGGAGCCUUUCUGUGCUGUGCUGUGGCGAGAGGCACUGCAAGGGCGGUGCAGGGAGUGGGGCACGAGACACAGUGCCAAGGUGGUGGCAGCACUGGCCCAUGCCCCGCACAAGCCAACAAAAGACGCUGCCCUGGCAGAAAUGGCGACUUUCUAUGAUGAGCCUGAGUUUGCAGCGCUGAAACGAUUGGUGGAGAGUCCACCCUUGCACCACCACCAUUAG